CGAGAGUCGCACGCACACAGGCUGGGGCGGGCGGCCUAUAAGAAGAGCCCGGUGUCAGCUGCAGUCCCCUAACUCAGCAGAUAAGAAGCUAGCUAGCCGCGCUUCACACUUCCUGGAUGCACACUAGCUUCGCCUCGUACGCCUCGCAAGAUCUCACCACGGCGACGACCGCCAUGCCUGCCUUGGAUAUGCUGCCGGAGAAGGCCCACCAGCCCGCCAUGUCGCCGUCGCACCACGGAUGGGACGCCACCGGCGCCCCCACCCCCAUGCACAAGAGGCUGGACGGGAAGGUGGCCGUGGUGACCGGCGGCGCCCGGGGCAUCGGCGAGGCCAUCGUGCGGCUCUUCGUGAGGCACGGCGCCAAGGUGGUGAUCGCCGACAUCGACGAGGCCGCGGGGGAGGCGCUGGCCGCCGCCCUGGGCCCGCACGUCGGCUUCGUGCGGUGCGACGUGUCCGUGGAGGAGGACGUGGAGCGCGCCGUGGAGCGCGCCGUGUCGCGUCACGGCCGGCUCGACGUGUUCUGCAACAACGCCGGGGUGCUGGGCCGGCAGACCCGGGCCGCCAAGAGCAUCCUGACCUUCGACGCGGGCGAGUUCGACCGCGUGCUCCGCGUGAACGCGCUGGGCGCCGCGCUCGGCAUGAAGCACGCGGCGCGCGCCAUGGUGGCCGCCGCGCCCCGCCGCGCCGGGAGCAUCGUGUCCGUGGCGAGCGUGGCGGGCGUGCUCGGCGGCCUGGGACCGCACGCGUACACGGCAUCCAAGCACGCCAUCGUGGGGCUCACCAAGAACGCCGCCUGCGAGCUGGGCGCGCACGGCAUCCGCGUCAACUGCGUCUCCCCCUUCGGCGUCGCCACGCCAAUGCUCAUCAACGCCUGGCGCCAGGGCCACGACGCGUCCGCGGCCGACGACGCCGACGCCGACAUCGACCUCGACGUGGCCGUGCCCAGCGACGAGGAGGUCGGCAAGAUGGAGGAAGUCGUCAGGGGCCUCGCCACGCUCAAGGGCUCCACGCUCAGGCCCAGGGACAUCGCCGAGGCCGUGCUCUUCCUCGCCAGCGACGACUCCAGAUACAUCUCCGGCCACAACCUUGUCGUGGACGGCGGCGUCACCACCUCGAGAAACUUAAUCGGGCUGUGAAUUGAUUAAUUAAUAAAUGACCUCUCCAUCCAUUCGUCUAGUUUAGAACAAAAAGAUUGUUUAGUCGAUGUAACUGCUCAAGUUCUUUCAUUUCGUUGAUUUGAUUCAGCGUGUUUGUCCGGAAUUCUCAAUCCGAGCCAACGGUUGAGGUUCUUUCGUGUUGCAUUUGCUGGCCAUUCAGACAUUCAGUUUGGUUGGUUAA